GCGCCCUGAGAGCACCUUAUUUGUCGGGAUAAUACUCCUUACACAUUGUUACCUUUAGUAUUCAAUAUACUUUAUGUGUACCCAGUUCUAUCGCAAUUCGGAUUGGCUAAUAAUCAGCCGGGUUGUAUAGCAGAUAGUAAGAAAUUCCUUUGAGAUGUGCUGCCGCAUCGAGACAAAGGAAAAUUGGGAAUUGCAUAUGAUGAGGAUGACAAACUUGAUACUCGUGACCCAGUUAUAGUAUGCACUACUAGUCUUAAGCAGAAUACAUCGGCUAGUAUCUACCAGAAACAUAUAGAUAUGCGUGCAGAUUUAUAUGAGGUAACUGGAGGUAGAUGGGGAUUCUAUAGAAUUAACAAAGCGAGCAAGCAUCUAAGUGCAAUAUUAAAAACAAAUAAGCGUGUACCAGGGGAUCUAAUCGCCUCUAUUGCUUUUAGCAAUAUGCGAGGACGGAGUCUUCGUAGUAUGUGUACUUCAGCUCGUUUGAAUGCACAGAAGGGAGAUAGGGCAAAAGUGACACUGAACAAUAAUCAAGUCUUUGAUUUCAAUACUUGAUUGCAAAAUCAGUUGUCUAUAUGUCAAGAUAACGAUGGUAAGUAUAAUGGUUUAAUUAAUAUUAUAUCUAAUCCUGAUUUCUUAUUACAUUCGUAUAAAGAAAUCAAGAGUAAGUCAGGGAAUAUGACUAAAGGUACUGAUAAUGAAACAUUUGAUGGAAUUAAGAUGUCUUGAUUUAGUAAAACUGGAUCAUCACUUAAAUCAGGAAAAUGAGAUUUUAAACCAAUGAGGAUGGUUGAGAUACCUAAAUCGAAUGGUAAGAUGCGUCCUCUUAAAAUAGCAUCUCCUAGGGAUAAAAUAGUGCAGAAAGCAUUACAGAUUAUUUUAGAAAGAAUUUAUGAACCUAGAUUUAGUUCAUCUUCUCAUGGAUUCAGACCUAAUAGAUCUACGCAUUCUGCAUUAAAUACUCUCUAUCUUCAAGGAGGUAAUUUCAACAUUGCUAUCAAUGGUGAUAUUACUAAAUGUUUUGAUAGUAUUCCUCAUAAUAUUAUUAUGAACAUCCUUAAAGAAACGAUUAAGUGUCAUCGUACCUUAGAAUUAAUACACAAAUCCCUUAAAGUGAUAAGUGUAUUUAAUGGGCGUAAGCUUAAGUAUACAGGUUUAGGUACUCCCCAAGGUAGUAUACUAAGUCCGUUACUUGCUAAUAUUGUUCUUGAUAAAUUUGAUAAAUUUAUGGAACAAUAUAUAUCUGAUUUUACUAGAGGUGAUAGACGUAAGCAAUCUCUUGCGUAUAAAUCUGUAGUACAAAGAAGAUAUAAGUCCAAUGAUCCUGUUGUUAGAUUAAAACUUCUUAAACAAUUAAGAAAUAUGAAUUCUACUAAUUUCUACGAUCCUGAUUUUAGAAGAAUGAUUUAUACUAGAUAUGCGGAUGAUUUUGUCAUACUUAUUAUCGGUACAUAUAAGGAAGCUUAUAUAAUUAGAGAUAGAGUUAAAGAAUUUAUUGCUCUAUAUGGUUUAGAACUUAAUCUUGAUAAGACAACUAUAGUUAAUACCAGAGAGGGUUUCAAAUUCUUAGGUGCUAGUUGCUUUAGAGCUUCUCAUCCUGUUUAUACGAAAUACUCAACUGGUAUUACCCGAAGAAACCAUAGAAGACUUAUUGUAAAUGCUGAUCUUAAAGAAAUUAUAUCUCGUUUUAAGAAGAACAAAUUUGUUCGUCAGAAUAAACUUGGAGCUAUUUUAGCUACUUCGAGAAGAGAUUUAGUUAAUUUAAGCCAUUUCACUAUUAUUUCUUUCUAUAAUAAUAAGAUUCAAGGAUUACUUAGUUAUUAUUCUUUUGCUGGAAAUUAUUCUAGUAUUAGAAGAGUUAUCUGACUUCUUGUAAUGUCUUGUGCUUUAACAUUAACUUUGAAAUAUAAGCUACGUUAUGCUGCAACUACUUUCAGGAAGUUUGGUAAGCUCUUAACUGACCCUUCUACUGAUAUAGAAUUGAAGAUACCUCGAGAGAUGAAGGUUAAACAUAAGUAUAACAAUAAUAUCUCGACAACUCUUAAUCCUGAAAACAUUAUGAGUGGUACUCUUCAUAAACAAUUAACAGUUACUAGUGACUUCGAUAAGGGUUGUGUUUUAUGUGGUUCUUCUACUGAACUUGAAAUGCAUCAUAUUAGACAAGUUAAAGACGUUAGGGUUAAAAUGCGUACUGGUAAAUCGACUUAUGCACAAUGAGUUGGUGCCCAUCUACGUAAACAAGUUCCUCUUUGUGCGUUUCAUCAUAAAGAAUAUCAUGCAGGUAAUCUAUCUGUAUUUGAACUUAAAACUAUCGCUUCUUUUAAUAAAUAA